UUAAGUAAAUAUACUGCCACCUACAUUUUUAACGUUCGUCGUCUCUAGGCUCUCUAUCCCUUCAAAUCCCUCUCUUUGUCAAAUUAUCUGAACUUGUUAACACGGUUUCUUUGGAGAGAUGGCAGCUUCAGCUAUCUCUGCUUAUUUAAGCUUCUCUUGUUCAUCUCCCAACAAAACCUCCAUUUCACUUCUCUCUCCCAGAAACUCCGCCAGGCCUAUUACAGUGUCUGCGUUACAAAGUCCGUACGGUGAUUCUUCAACAAGAGGACUAUCUAAUAGAAGUAGUGGGUUGCCUCUAACAUUUUACCAGAAGGAUCUCUAUAGUACUGAACAGAGUUAUGGUGCAAUAACUGCCAAAAAGGGAAAUCCACCUAUAAUGCCAGCAGUAAUGACUCCUGGAGGGGCAUUGGACCUCUCAACCAUAUUAUUUAGGAAUCGCAUAAUCUUCAUUGGCCAGCCAAUCAACUCACAGGUUGCUCAAAGAGUUAUAUCUCAGCUUGUGACUCUGGCAACCAUUGAUGAGGAUUCAGAUAUUUUGGUGUAUGUGAACUGCCCUGGUGGAAGCACAUAUUCUGUGUUGGCAAUUUAUGAUUGCAUGUCUUGGAUAAAGCCGAAGGUUGGUACAGUCUGCUUUGGUGUAGCCGCAAGCCAAGGAGCACUUCUUCUUGCUGGUGGAGAAAAGGGGAUGCGCUAUGCUAUGCCAAAUGCACGUAUCAUGAUACAUCAACCGCAAAGUGGAUGUGGGGGUCAUGUGGAAGAUGUGAGGCGCCAAGUGAAUGAAGCAGUUCAAUCUCGCCAUAAAAUUGACAGAAUGUAUGCUGCCUUUACUGGCCAACCUCUUGAGAAAGUGCAACAAUAUACCGAGAGGGACCGUUUCUUGUCCGUUGCUGAGGCUAUGGAGUUUGGCCUUAUUGACAGUAUCCUGGAAACUGAAUACUGAAAGCGAAAUUGCCUGAGCUAAGAUGCUGAUCAGCUACUGCUUCAAUGGGUGCAAUCCCCUUAAGUUCUUCCAUAAACGGGAAGGCAUAUGAUUCUUGAAGCCAUUGUCAUCAUUUAUUAAUCUGUUUGAAUUGCCAAUAGCAAGGACUGCCGAAUGCGUCCCGUAGAACAAUUUCACUCUGUUACAAAAUUCAGUUUUACGAAUGAUGUACUUACAAUGAUAUUUGUUUUAUAUUCAUAAUUAAUUUACAAAACGAUCCAAAAUCA